AAAUAGAAUUAAAUUCUAAGAAGAACUUCUGUCCUGCCAAAAGAAAUACAUCUAGGAAGUGGGACAAGUUUACAUAAAGAAAUAUAGUCCUAAUAUCUUUUUUUUAAUGAAUAUAUGCCACGUUUUCAAAUGAGUGUUAUAAAGAGCAUUGUUCAAAAGACAAAAAGGCUAUCAUAUAUAUUUCUCUCUCUGUUUUUGUUUUGGCAUACAGAAAGGUUUCUCAUUUUUAUGCCCUUUUCAAGUAUGGUGUUUAUCAGGGCUCUCCAAGGGAUUCUGAUCAUUUUAAUGGUGGCUUCAGUGCCUUUUGUCCAUUCCUCUCGGACCAGUAACAGAUUGCUUGGAGAAAGAACAAUGGCAGAAGAGACCUCCACAAUCACAGGGGAGCUUGAAAGCAACUACUGCUUCAAUAGAUUUGGGAGAGGAGGUUCAGUCCUUAUUGUAGAGGAAAGGGAAGUUCCAACUGGACCUGACCCUCUUCACCAUAACAGUAACCCUACAGGACCUUGAUCAACCUUCCUAUACAGGGUGACAUAUGGGUUUUCUAACCAGUUUUAUCUCUCUGCCUUAUUUAGCCAUGGUUUUUAUUGUUCACUGGACUACUGUCUUCGUAUAGAUUUGGUUUUGUAUUUAUUCUGAUGAUGAAAGCUCUUUUUCCAUUUCUUUUUCAAAGAAAUAUUCACUGUGAGAGAGGGUACCUACCUACCUGUAUUUAGUUACUUUUUGAGCUUAUUUGGUUAAAAAUAAGCUGUUUCCUUGUC